CCUCAGCAGCAAUGGCAAGAACCAAGCAGACCGCUCGUAAAUCUACUGGAGGCAAAGCCCCAAGGAAGCAGCUCGCUACUAAAGCCGCCCGUAAGAGCGCCCCGGCCACCGGUGGAGUGAAGAAGCCUCAUCGUUACAGGCCCGGCACCGUGGCUCUGAGAGAGAUCCGCCGUUAUCAGAAAUCAACCGAGCUGCUGAUCCGCAAACUUCCCUUCCAGCGUCUGGUGAGAGAAAUCGCUCAGGACUUCAAGACGGAUCUGCGCUUCCAGAGCUCUGCUGUCAUGGCCCUGCAGGAGUCCAGUGAGGCUUACUUGGUCGGUCUGUUCGAGGACACCAACCUGUGCGCCAUCCACGCCAAGAGGGUCACCAUCAUGCCCAAAGACAUCCAGCUGGCCCGCCGUAUCCGCGGAGAGCGCGCUUAAGACCACA